GCAGCCGCCAUGCUCCGCGAGCCUCACAGCCGCGGGGAUGAGGCGGGGCGGCCCCCCGUGUGCCAGUGGGAGAAGCUCCCUGUCGAGCUCUCUGUCCGCGGGGCUCGGGGCCGCUCGGCCUGAGAGGGGGCAGCCGCUGCCGUGGGACCGCAGCCCGGCGCUUCUCUCCGUGGCUUUCGGAGAAGCCGAAGGGUGCAGGCAUGCGAGAUCAAGAAGCUAUGCCUCAGAAUCUGAAAUGUGCAAGCUGGAAUCUGUACCCUUGGAUUUCGGUGAUUACCAUCCACUGAAACCCAUUACAGUUACUGAAUCCAAGACCAAGAAAAUGAACCGGAAAGGGAGUACUUCUUCCACCUCCUCUUCUUCUUCUAGUUCUAUGAUGGAUCCAUUGAGCAGUGUAUUGGAUGGCACCGACCCUUUGUCAUUAUUUGCAGCAGCUGCAGAUCCUGUGACUACCACUGCUACCAUGGAUGGUACACGAAGGAAACGGGAUAAAGAUGACAGCUCAGCAGUAGGAAGUGACUUUGAACCAUGGUCAAGCAAACGUGGUGAAAUCCUUGCUAGAUACACGACAACAGAGAAGCUGUCUAUUAAUCUGUAUAUGGGAUCUGAAAAAGGAAAAGCUACAGCUACUGGUUCAGCAGUCUCUGAAAAAGUGAGGACAAGGUUAGAAGAACUGGAUGAUCUGGAAGAGGGAUCACAGAAAGAGCUGUUGAAUUUGACUCAGCAGGAUUACAUGAACCGAAUUGAAGAACUGACCAGUCUUUUAAAGGAGCUGGCCUCUGAUCAGAAAGUAAAAGCUCUCAAAAUAGUCAUCCAGUGUUCUAAGCUUCUUUCAGACACAACAGUAAUCCAGUUUUAUCCAAGUAAAUUUGUUUUAAUUACAGAUAUCCUUGAUACUUUUGGGAAGCUGGUGUAUGAACGAAUUCUGUCAAUGUGUGCUGAUAACCGCGUCUCUCUGCCAGAUAACUUUUCUCCAGAAAGUGUUAACGAUACAGCUAAAGAAACUUGCUUAAACUGGUUUUUCAAGAUUGCUUCAAUCAGAGAACUCAUUCCCAGAUUUUAUGUGGAAGCAGCAAUACUGAAGUGCAAUAAGUUCCUGUCCAAAACGGGGAUUUCGGAAUGUCUCCCACGGUUAACCUCUAUGAUUAGAGGAAUUGGAGAUCCACUGGUUGCAGUCUAUGCAAGAGCAUACCUUUGCAGGGUUGGGAUGGAAGUGGCACCACAACUCAAAGAAAGCCUGAACAAAAAUUUUUUUGACUUUCUUCUAACAUUUAAACAAAUACACGGGGAUACGGUUCAGAACCAGCUGGUGGGACAACGUGUGGAGAUGCCUUUGUAUUUGACCCUAUACUCUCCUGCUAUAGACUGGAUUUUGCAGUGUAUUGCAUACCAUGCUCCAGAAGUUCUGCUUACUGAGAUGAUGGAGAGAUGCAAAAAAUUGGGGAACAAUGCUUUGCUGUUGAAUUCAGUCAUGUCGGCGUUCAGAGCAGAGUUUAUCGCUGCGAGGUCGAUGGACUUCAUUGCCAUGAUUAAAGAAUGUGAUGAGUCUGGAUUCCCAAAGCAUCUCCUCUUUCGGUCCUUGGGAUUAAACUUGGCAUUGGCUGAUCCUCCUGACAACGAUCGCCUUCAAAUAUUAAAUGAGGCCUGGAAGGUUAUAACAAAGCUGAAGAACCCACAGGAUUAUAUCAACUGUGCUGAAGUGUGGGUGGAGUAUACAUGCAGACAUUUUACAAAACGGGAGGUCAAUACAGUUUUGGCUGAUGUUAUCAAACACAUGACUCCUGAUCGAGCAUUUGAAGAUGCUUACCCACAGCUGCAAUCAAUUAUUCAGAAAGUCAUUACCUAUAUCUAUGACUUCUCUCUGCUUUUUUCAGUGGAGAAAUUCUUGCCAUUUCUGGAUAUGUUCCAGAAGGAAAGUGUGAGAGUGGAGGUUUGCAAGUGCAUUAUGGAAUCUUUUAUUAAGCAUCAGCAGGAAUCGACAAAGGAUCCUGUUAUACUCAAUGCUCUGCUGCAUAUCUGUAAGACGAUGCAUGAUUCUGUGAAUGCACUAACACUUGAGGAUGAGAAAAGAAUGUUAGCAGCUCUGAUAAAUGGAUUCAUAAAAAUGGUUUCAUUUGGCCGUGACUUUGAACAACAGCUGAGUUUCUAUGUUGAAGCCAGGUCAAUGUUUUGCAAUCUGGAGCCUGUUCUAGUCCAGCUGAUUCAUUCUGUGAACCAACUAGCAAUGGAAACAAGAAAGGUGAUGAAAGGAAAUCAUUCCAGAAAGACUGCUGCAUUUGUCAGGGCUUGUGUUGCCUUCUGCUUCAUUACAAUUCCAUCUCUGAGCAGCAUCUUCACACGUCUUAAUCUGUACCUACACUCUGGGCAGGUUGCUCUGGCAAAUCAGUGCCUUUCACAAGCUGAUGCUUUUUUCAAAGCUGCAGUGAGCCUUGUUCCUGAAGUGCCAAAAAUGAUCAGUGUAGAUGGAAAGAUGCGACCUUCUGAUGCCUUCCUCCUGGAAUUCCUUUGUAAUUUUUUUUCCACGUUAUUGGUUGUUCCGGACCAUCCAGAGCAAGGAGUGUUGUUUCUUGUGCGAGGAUUACUAAAUGUGAUCCAGGAUUAUACUUGGGAGGAUAACAGCGAUGACAAAGUCAGGAUUUAUACUAAUGUUUUGCAUCUGCUGUCUGCAAUGACUCAAGAAGCAUAUAUCUACCAUGUAGAUAAAGUUGAUUCCAAUGAUGCCUUGUAUGGUGGAGACUCCAAGUUCCUGGCUGAAAUUAAUAAGCUGUGUGAAACGGUGAUAGCACAGAUCCUGGAUCAUCUGAAAACCCUUGGAAAAGAAGAGACCCUGAAGCGGCAGAGCCAGUUGGCACUCUAUUUCUUUAACACUAUUGUAGCUCAUGGGGAUCUAAGAAACAACAAACUAAACCAGCUUUCAGUCAAUCUCUGGAAUCUUGCUCAGAAACAUGGCUUUGCUGACACCAAGACUAUGGUGAAAACACUGGAAUACAUCAAGAGGCGAAGCCAACAACCUGAAAUGAGUCACUUUGCAGACCUGGCCCUUCGGCUUCCUCUGCAGUCCAGGACCUGAUGGAUGUCUCUUCUCCAAGGAGUCACCUGUACAAGGCAGCACGCAGCCAAGGCCAAAAAUCACUGAUCUAGAUUCUGACUGGAGGAGUUCAGUGUGUUUUUACUUAGUGUGAAAGAUUUAUUGGGCACAGUAAAGGUAAAACUGUUCUGAGUGCAAUAAUUUAACCUGAAUUUGUCUCCAGUUUUACCAUAAUAUAAAAUAAUAUUUUAAAUGCUGAUUUACAUUCAGUAAACAGUAUUUUGAACCUCUGUGGUAGUGAAAGCCUUUCAAAAUCUAAUCUGUUGUAAUUUUAACAAAAAAGGAAGAAGAUAAUCUGCACAAAUGAAUUCACAGCCUCAAAACUUCAUCUCACUUGUAGAAUAGUGUUUUUCCUGUGUAGAAAGCAGCAUUUCAAUAUAAUAAUCCUACUGAGUAAUCUCUCUGCCUUGGGAUGCUGCCAGCAUUUGUUUUAUUGGUUCCAGUAGAAGAGAAAAAUGGCCGAGGUGUUAUUGUUCUAAUUUCUACAAUACAUUUGCACAGACAUGUUUAUGUUUUCAUUUUAGUCCCCUGUUUUGUAAAAUGGAAGGAAUCUUUAAGUGCUGUCUGCAGAUGAAAAAGGAAAUGUAUGCGAAGUACUCUAUAUUUGCAAAGUACUCUAUCACUGAAUAAAACAAUUUGCAGUUCAUCUGCGUGUUCUGGGGGAGUUUGUGUAUACAAAUCUAUCACCUUACCCUUGUGAAAUUUAGUUACAUGUACUGAUAACUCCUAAUAAAAUUUCACUCUCACCAUUUCUUUCCCACGGUAGGGAACCAUGCUGAAA